AUGGGACACAUCAGCGACAGCUCCACCAUUCUAUAUUUUGGUCUCGCCGCCGGAAUAUACCUCAAGCCGGAAUAUGCUAUUUUCGAUUCCAGGAUUGUGACGGGCGCUGUUAUUUUUGGGAUCAUUACUGUGUCGAGGAUUGUUUAUUGUCUUGUGUUGUAUCCCGAUUAUUUCACUCCAUUGAAACACAUAUAUUCACCUGCGAAUCGAAGCUGGCUUAGGGGUAAUUCUCCGAGUUUCCUGCUCGAGACUCCCUAUCCACAGCUACGGGAGUUGGCCCUGAACAAGCCCAAUCAAGAUAUCAUCCGGUACUAUAUGGUCGCAAACCUCGAAAGGCUGGUUGUGACAGGCCCGAAAGCCCUGGGUGAGCUUCUUGUUACGAAAGUUUACGACUUUGAAAAACCCGAAUUGGUUCGGCAGAGCUUGCGGCGUAUCACCGGAGAUGGAAUCCUACUUGCUGAAGGUGAAGAGCACAAGAUACAACGCAAGAAUCUCCUGCCAGCCUUCGCCUAUCGUCACAUCAAGAACCUCUACCCAGUCUUUUGGGACAAGAGUACAGAAAUGGUCAAGAUGAUUGAAAAAGACCUAGAGAGCAGAAAGGCCAAUGGCGAUAACGACAACACAGUCCAAAUCAGUAACUGGGCCACUCGAGCAACCUUGGACAUCAUCGGUGUCGCCGGCAUGGACCAUGACUUCGACUCUCUCCGUGAUCCCGAUAACACCCUCAACCAAGCAUACCGCAAAGUCACGUCUCCGCCGCCCCCCAUGAUGAAAUUCCUUUUCGUGGUAAGCAUGCUAUUCGGUAAUCCAACAUGGAUCCACUCGUUGCCGACAAAACGCAACAAAGAUAUCAAGCAAAGUGGCGAGCUCAUCCGUAACGUUGCACGGCAAAUGAUCCGACAGAAGAAGGCAAAGAUGGAGGACCCAAAAGCCGAAACUGGCAUUGACAUUAUUUCCGUUGCACUAAGCAGCGGCACUUUUGACGAAGAAAACCUCGUCGACCAAUCCAUGACUUUCCUAGGCGCAGGCCACGAGACAACUGCCUCAGCAUUACAGUGGGCAGUUUACGCACUCUGCAAGAAUCCCAACGUCCAAACUCGCCUGCGGGAUGAAAUCCGCGGCAAUCUUCCCUCUCUUGACGAUCCGAAUCCAAUUUCUGCAGCCGCAGUCGAUAGCCUGCCCUACCUGAAUGCAGUGUGCAACGAGGUCCUCCGCUUCCAUCCCUCUGUGCCGGUAACCAUACGCAGGGCAGCUCGUGACACGACUCUUGCAGGCAUGCACAUUCCCAAAGAUACGCUGCUCACACUCUCUCCACAGGUCACCAACCGGUUGGAAGAGCUGUGGGGACCAGACGCGAACGAGUUCAACCCGGAACGCUUUAUGGGUCCUGGUAAGGCUAAUACCGGCGGUGCGGUCAAUAAUUAUGCCUUUUUGACUUUCUUGCAUGGUCCACGUGCGUGCAUUGGGCAGGGUUUUGCGAAGGCGGAGCUUGCUUGCUUGCUUGCCGCUACUGUCGGUCGGUUUCACAUAGAGUUGAAGUUCCCUGAUGCUAAGUUGGAGAUUCGGGAGGGGGCUACUGUAUCACCUAAAGAUGGAGUGCUUGCCUUGCUUACGCCACUGGAGGGGUGGUAG